UAUAUGUUGUGCUUCGACAGAAAAUAAAAUAACGGUAGUGAUAAUGCGCGGUCUCGAAAUUAUUAAGAUGCUACCCGCGAUUUCAGCUGCCCUGUGUUUCGUUUGCGUACAGGCUCAGAUUGAUGUGGAAAUAACUUCGGACGAUACACCGUCUCUCGGUCGACUUGUGUUCGACAUCGAGCACAGCUUUGGUGGCGAGGAAUACUCAGUUCGUGGCCAGGUCGUUGUUCAAAGCUUGAAGAGCAAAACUGGUUGGAUUUCUCAGUCUGUGCCUCUUACUCUAGAAGAGCGAAAUCGGCUGAAGAAGUUAGCUGAAAACAAGGGAGUGUACAAGGUCCGUGUGCCCACUCCAGGAAAAAAUUCGGAUUACGUAUCAACAAUUGCUCCCGCGUGUGGGCUUCUCGAAACAGGAUUGAAGGAUAUCCUGAUAUUGACGCUUGACUCGAGUGGCAAUCUUUUGGGAAUUUCGGAUAUCGUUCCUGUGGGUUCAUGCGGUGCAGCGUUCGACUGGCUUGAACCGAAAGACUUCGAAUUCAAUACGACUCUUGAAAUACGAACUAUUGAGCCGGGACCCAUUCCCGAAACCGCGUCCUACAUUCAGAAAAUUGAACAAGAGAAAUUGGCAAAAGAACGUGGUGAAGGGAAAGACAACCGAUCUUUCUUUAGUAAAUACUGGAUGUACAUCGUGAUCGGACUCGUGUUUUUGAUGAUGACGGGUGCGAAUAACCCUGAACAGGGCGGCAGUGCUGGUAGCUGA